AUGCUUACAUGUCCCCAAAACGGCAAAAGCUCCGAUGCAGCAGGAGAAGUGGUAAAAUUAGGACCUAAAGCAACGCGCUUCGCCAUCGGUCACCGGGUUUCUCCCAUAUUCCACCUCACUCACCUGGUGGCGUCUUUGCAGCCGAGAGACUUUUCCUUCCAGCUAGGCUCGACUCAAGAUAGCGUCUUCCGAGAGUAUGGUGUUUUCAACGAACAAUUCUGUGUGGAGGUCCCCUCCAAUCUAAGUUACCGCGAAGCUGCAUCGCUCCCAUGUGCAGCUGUCACGGCAUGGAAUGCGCUCUACGGCGGCUCCCGCAAACUGAUGCCCGGUGAUAUCGUUUUGACGCAGGGAACCGGGGGUGUCAGUAUUUCUGCCCUGCAGUUCGCCAAGAUGAGCGGUGCCCAAGUCAUCGCAACGACCAGCGCCGCUGAAAAGGCAGAGAGAUUGAGAGCGGAAAGCGCGGAUCAUGUCAUAAACUACGAAGAGGACCCACAAUAG